AGUGAAAGAGGACGACAGAGAAAUAAGAAGAGACCGAUCAGGAUCUGGAAUUUGAAUUUUUGAGCUAAGCUGCUCGGCCUGCGACGACCAUGGAAAUGACAAAGAGGCCGGAGAAAUCGAGCUUCGCGCUCACCUGCAGCCUCUUGAGCCAGUACAUCAAGGAGAAGGGAAACUUCGCUGAUCUAGGGUUCAGCAUGCCCUCUCGCGCUCUUGAUUCGUCUUCUUUAGGGAAACCUGAAACGUACCGUCCGCCGACGACCAUGAGCUUGCUUCCCGGUGUGGACGUCUCCGGAGACGACCGGGAGGGUAAGGAGGAUUCGUCGCCUCCGAACGCUACGGGAUCCGUGGAGUUCUUCCUCCAACACGGAGGUUUCAGCCCGACCUCGCCGGCGGCGGAGGCCAAGGAACCGGAGAAAGCUCAGCUCACAAUGUUCUACGGCGGGAAGGUGGUUGUGUUCGACAAUUUCCCGGCCGAGAAGGCCAAGGAACUGAUGCAGAUUGCAAGUAAAGGGCAGAACUUUACUUCUGGGACCGCAACUGCCGUGUAUCCCUCGGUGCCUGUGGCGGACGUCCAAAAUUUCUCGGCGCCGGCCAUUCCUCCGGUGAAAUUCUACGCCGGAGCUCAGCCCAACUUCUCUGAUCUCCCUAUUGCGAGGAAGGUAUCAAUCCACCGUUUCCUGCAGAAGAGAAAUGAUAGGAUUAGCGCAAAGGCGCCUUACCAGCUGAACAGCAGAAAUGAUUCAAAGGAUUUUGUAAAUGUAGAGGAAGAGAUCAGCCAGCCAUGGUUGGGCUUGGGGCCGCGUAUAUCGAAGGCUGACUUAAGCCCCAACUGCAGACGCUAACUUAGCAAGCUUUGUAAUCAAAUAGACAGCUGAGAAGCAUUUGUAAUUGAACUUAGUAGGAUGUGCUAUCACUAAAUCCAAGGUUCACUAUGUUCUGUUCAUAUCAGAAUAUUAUGAUUUUGUUUAUUAAUUAGAAAGUUAAAUUAUUAUUGU